AUGGAUUCCAAUAUGGAUGAUCUUUUCAAUGCGUUGAAAGAGUCGGUCACAAAAGAGAGCACACCUACAACUGUGGACACAACUAAUCAAGUCGAUAAUGACUUGGAUGCUAAUGACAAUAUUGUGGGACUUGAUGGUGAUAAACGUGAUACAGAAAAGAUAUUUCGUGAUAUCGAGAUCACUAUGAACAAACUACCAAAACUUGACAAUGGAUUUGAUUCCUUGGUGAAGACCAAGACUGUUAUACCGAAUGAUAAAUCGAGUACAGUGAAGUCAAAGAUGGUACAAAAGGAAAAAACGCAGGAUGACUGGUUUACUAUACCAAAACCAAGUGAUAGUAAGCGUAAAGAACUACAGAGAGAUCUGACGUUGAUUAAACAUAGGGCUGCUUUGGACCCAAAGAGACAUUAUAAGAAGGAUAGAUGGGUAGUACCUGAACGCUUCUCUGUUGGUACAAUCGUUGAAAGUAAAGGUGAAUUUUAUAGUAGUAGGAUUAAGAAUAAAGAUAGAAAGUCUACUAUUUUGGAAUCCCUUAUGGGAGAUGAUACAGGUAAGAAAUAUUUCAAGAGGAAAUUUACAGAGAUUCAAGAUCAAAAGAGCAGUGGUCGUAGAGGUCAUUAUAACAAGAGUAAAGCCAUGAGAAAGAGAUACUAA